AUGGCAGGCCCUCAUGCGUCCAUCGACCCGGCGUACAUCAAGUACAACAACAUGAUUGUGAACCGGCACAAGUACUUCCGCUGGACGAAGCGCACCGCAUUCCUCUCGUUCGCGUACGUGGUUGCCUUCCCGGCAUUUGUUGGAUACUGGGCUUUCGUGACGGAUGGAAAGUUGGAAUUCAGGGGGAAGAGGAAGGGAGAUACGAUUGUUGAGUUUUAG